AUGUUACGCCCAUGUGCUUGUGCGCGUCGCAUCUCUCACAGAGCCUUUAGCACAAUCAACCUUCCCACGCCUUCAGGCCUCAAUUUGCAAACGAAUAAUCUUCUCGGCGAAGUGCAGGAUCUCUCCACGCGCGGUCAAGUUAAGGAAGCCCUCUCACUCUUCUACACCCUUCAACCACCACCUCACUGCAAUCAAACCUACGCCACUCUCUUCCAUGCUUGUGCUCGCCACCACUGCAUCCAUGAAGGCCUGUCUUUGCACCAUUACAUGGUUGCCCAGAAACCCAUCAACUCACCUGACCUCUUUGUCACGAACCACCUUAUAAAUAUGUACGCAAAAUUUGGUUACCUGGAAUACGCCAACCAACUGUUUGAUGAAAUGCCUAGAAGAAACAUUGUCUCUUGGACUGCUCUCAUUUCAGGGUAUGCACAACGCGGGGAAACUGAAAAUUGUUUUCGUUUAUUUGCUGGCAUGUUGGUGCACUACCAACCCAAUGAGUUUGCCUUCGCCAGCAUUCUCAGUUCAUGUGUGAAGAGUGACGUUGGAUAUGGCCGGCAGGUACAUGCGCUUGCUUUGAAAAUGUCUUUGGAUGCUUGUGUUUACGUUGCAAAUGCUCUUAUUACUAUGUAUAGCAAGAUUUGUAAUCAUGGAGGUGUUUAUGAUGUUAGUAAAGACGAGGCGUGGAAUGUAUUUAAGAGCAUGGAGUUCCGGAAUCUUAUAUCUUGGAAUUCCAUGAUUGCAGGGUUUCAGUAUCGUGGACUUGGAGCUCAAGCUAUUCAUCUGUUUAUACAAAUGUACCUUGACGGGAAUGGGUUUGAUCGUGCCACUCUUCUUAGCGUCCUUUCUUCCAUGGGCAGAAGCAAUGACCUUGAUGAUAAUGGGGUUACUAAGUUUUGUUUUCAAUUGCACUGUCUCACCAUCAAAACUGGGUUUACAUUAAAAAUUGAAGUGGCAACUGCAUUAGUUAAAGCUUAUUCAGAUCUUGGAGGAGAUAUUGCCGACUGUUACAGACUCUUCUCAGAGACAAGUUGUCAUCGGGAUAUUGUUGCGUGGACUGGCAUCAUAACCACCUUUUCAGAGCAAGACCCUGAAGAAGCACUCUUCCUCUUUCGCCAGUUACGCCAGGAGAACUUACUUCCCGACAGGUACACUUUCUCAAUUGUUUUAAAAGCUUAUGCAAGCCUUGCAACCGAGCGCCAUGCCUUGGCAGUUCAUUCACAAGUGAUCAAAGCUGGGUUUGAGGGCGACACAGUCCUUGCAAAUGCCUUGAUCCAUGCCUAUGCUAGGUGUGGCUCCAUUGCCUUAUCUAAGCAAGUGUUUGAUGGAAUUGAAUUUUAUGAUGUCGUUUCUUGGAACACAAUGCUUAAGGCUUAUGCCUUGUAUGGACAAGCUACAGAGGCAUUGCAGCUGUUUUCACGAAUGGACGUCAAACCUGAUUCCGCCACCUUUGUUUCCCUGCUCUGUGCUUGUAGCCAUGCUGGACUGGUAGAAGAAGGAACCCAAAUCUUUGACUCCAUGCUUGAGAGGUAUGGUAUUGUACCUCAACUUGAUCAUUACGCCUGCAUGGUUGAUAUUCUUGGUCGAGCUGGAAUGAUUGUUGAGGCUGAGGAGCUUGUAAGUAGAAUGCCAAUGGAGCCUGAUUCUGUAGUCUGGAGCGCACUCCUUGGAUCAUGUAGGAAGCAUGGAAAAACACAAUUGGCCAAGUUAGCAGCAAAUAGAAUGAAGGAGCUAGCACCAGAGGAUUCAUUAGGUUAUGUACAAAUGUCAAACAUGUAUUGCUCUGAUGGUAACUUUGGUGAAGCAGGCCUGGUUAGGAAGGAAAUGAAAGGGUCUAGAGUGAAAAAGGAACCUGGAUUAAGCUGGAUUGAGAUCGGAAAUCGGGUCCAUGAGUUUUCAUCUGGAGGCCGACAUCAUCCAGAAAGGAAGGUUAUAUGCAGCAAGCUAGAAGAACUGAUUGUGCGGUUAAAGGAAAUGGGUUAUGUUCCAGACACAAGCUUGUCUGUGCAUGAUGUGGAAGAGGAACACAAAGAGGAGCAAUUGUACCAUCAUAGUGAGAAGCUGGCUUUAGUAUUUGCUAUCAUGAAUGAAGGCAGUUCAAACUGUAGUCGGACUGCUAUUAAAAUAAUGAAGAACAUCAGAAUCUGUGUGGACUGCCAUAACUUCAUGAAGUUAGCAUCAAAUUUACUUCACAAGGAGAUUUUUGUGAGAGACUCAAACCGGUUCCACCACUUUCAUGAUGGCAUAUGUUCUUGCAAUGACUAUUGGUAA